AGGCUUCCUGUGCUGCUUGCUUCAGUAGCCUUGCUGCCCGCCUCUGCACUCUCUUGCAUUAACCUACCUCGUAAUUUGCAUUUAAGUGUGAUGUGGGUGAACUAAAAGUAGUUCUCCCUUCAGAUAGUGACGUGGGAUUGUGGGACAGAAGAGAUGCAGACAUAUACCUCAACAGAUACUAACCCAGGGCCAGAGAAUAAAUGGCUCUUUGGUUUUAAGUGAGGAGAGGAAGAAGUCGUGAAAUGUAAGCGCUGGUUUCAUUCCGUGGAGCAAAGGAGGUUUAUAAAAAUAUGUAAAGGGUGGGUGCCAAGAUGAUGGAGUCAGGCUCUUCUCGGGGAUGCCAACCACUAGGACAAGAGGCAGUGGACAGAAACUGAAGCUCCACCUGAAUGUGAAGAAGAACUUCUUUACUGUGAACCAGUGAUUCUGAAGACUGCCUGAUCAUGAUGGCUCAUGCUACUAUUUAUGUGGGUUGCACUGUUCCUCAAUUACUGAGAGGUGCUCAGAGCAGGAUUUUUCCCUCUCAUUCUCCACUGGGGGUGUUGAGGCACUCUGCUUUUUGUUACUGCACAGGCAAUGGCACAAUCAAAUCAAAAAGGAAAAUGGAUCAUCUAGAGAGGACAGCAAAUAAUUUUCGACAGGAGGUAAUUACACAAGCAAAAGUGUGUGGGAUCACCAAUGAAUCAGAGACGGUCAAAAGGCUUCGUUUGGCAAUUGCAAAUAAAGAUUUUACUUUCAAAGCAGGACAAUGGGUCGAUUUCUUUAUUCCUGGAGUAUCUGUAGUUGGGGGAUUCUCAAUAUGUUCAAGCCCUGGCCUGUUAGAACGAGAAGGAAUACUGGAGCUGGCAGUAAAGCACACUGCUCAUCCUCCUGCUCACUGGAUUCACACUGAGUGUACUCUUGACUCAGAAGUGGCUCUGCGAGUGGGAGGUGAUUUCUUCUUUGAUCCUCAGCCUGGUGACUCCCCUGUAAACCUAGUGCUGAUAGCAGGGGGUGUUGGAAUUAACCCAUUGUUUUCUAUACUGCUGCAUAUAGCAGAUCUUCAUGGAUACCAAGAGGGUAAAGGAAAUAGACACAAAUUGGGGACAGCGAAGUUGUACUACAGUGCAAAAAAUACCAGCGAACUCUUGUUUAAGAAAAAUAUUCUUGGUUUGAUGAAGGCGUUUCCUGGAAAGAUCUGGUGUUGUUUCCACGUCACCCAGCAGCGCUCACAGAUCUGUAAAGAACUGCAGCCACACAUCACAGAGGGAAGAAUAUCUGAAAAGGAUCUAGAGAAACACGUAUCUAAUGAUACUUCAUGGUACAUCUGUGGUCCCCCUCCAAUGAUAGAAUCUAUAUCCAAGCUACUCACUAACAUUGGUGUUCCUAGAAACCGUGUUUUCUUUGAGAAAUGGUGGUAGUGACACCUGCUGAAAAGAAAAUCAUAGUAUUUUUUCCAGUGCAUUUUGAUAAAAUGUACAGAGAUGGACUAUGAAUUAUUUUGAAGAUUUUAAUGAAGAUGUCCUCAAUGAUUAUCUGUAAUACACCUGUAAUACAGUGCUGCUGCUUUGGGGAAAGAAAAGUGAUUUUAUAUUAAAGACAUUGACUGUU